AUGUGGUUACAGAUUGCUUCCGUCGCUGGGGUGGCGUCCCUCGCUACGUUUUGCGGUAUGCACUCGUUGACACUCAGCAAUUAUUGCUUGAAGACGCACUUGACGUUGCGAAAUGCGACUGGGUGGUAA